AUGGUUGUAGAUAUCAUGUCAGGAAGCACGAUUUUCUCGUCCUUAGACCUGACGGACGGCUUUUACCAAAUCGUGAUGCGUCCUGAGGAUGUUCCGCUUACCGCCGUCAGCACGCCUAGCGAUGCUUUAUCGCGGAGACCCGACAAUGAUCCCCGCGACGAUACACCGGCUGUGGCCACGACGGACGCCGAUGACGACGAUUGCAUCGCGUGUGCGACGCUUGGAACUAAUAUCACGGUUGUGUCCGCCGUCAACCCGUUGCGUGAUGACAUCGCAGAGGUGUAUUCACGUGAUGUGUUUUACUCACCGAUCGUCCGCUACUGUAGCGACCCCUCAAACGAAGCAUUGCGCUCGCUCUCAGCUUCCACUCGCGCCCACACUGUGCGGUACUCCUUCGAUGGCAAGUUGCUCAUGUUUUAA